CAUACACAUAUACUCGCGGGCGGCACACAAACGCACGUAACACAAUAAGACGGCCGUUGUAUUCGGUGUCACGGCGUGUUUGCGGCGCGCACGGCAGCAGCAGCGGUUCUUAAGGGUCGGUCGACCGGUCGUGUCGCACUACCACCGCAGUCGUCGUGUGUCUCAGUACUUGUCCGCGAUCUUGGCAGCGACGUCGUGUCCUCCGACGAGCACCGCGCGUAGUUACAGUGUUAUUAUUUUGGACGCACGUAGAGUUUACGUUUUUUUCCAGUUUAUCGUAACAGUACACGCACAUGGUACGCAACAUCACUCGUCCGGGGUGUGACUGCUAUUGUAAUUUUAUAGUUUUUUUUUUUUUUUCUACCAAAACAUGACACCAUAAUAUACGACUACAUUGAAUCCGUAUAGCCCGUGAUUGUACGAAAGGCUUAUACAAUUUCGACGAUUCGUGAAAUGUGCCAAACGACGAAUUCAGAUAUCGAUGACAUGGAUGAAAUAUCUUCAACCUCAUCUUCGCAAUUGCACAAGAGAACCGGAAAACAUAUUGAACCCCGAAAGAUACGAAAGCCGUUGAUGGAGAAAAAGCGACGUGCAAGAAUCAAUCAAAGUUUGGACGAACUCAAACGCAUCGUCAUAGACGCUGAAAAACUCGCCGGACAAGAUCUGUCCAGGGUGAACAAACUGGAAAAAGCAGACAUCCUGGAGAUGACGGUCAGGUACUUGAAGCGGAGCACGAGUAGUGCGCAGCCUCAGCAGCGGUCCACGUCGCCACCGCCGCCGUCCAAGCCAGACGUGUACCUGGCCGGAUACAAGCAGUGCGUGGAACAGGUCCAAGAGCUUUUGGCGGAACAGUGGACGGACGAACGGCGACAGCAGUCGGGUAGGCGCAUGGUCGAGCACCUCGAGGCGUGCGUACAGCGGUUGGACGCGCUGCCCCGGCCGUCACCUCCUCCCAAGAACCGUUUGUCGUCCACGUCAUCCUCCGACGAAUCAAUGAACCUCGCGACGGCGUCCACAAACCUUACGUCCUGCUCUUCGUCCGAGGACGACUACGUCGUGGAGGACGAGCAACAGAUACCCGGCAUCACCGCGGCUGCAGCAAUGGUUCGGGGGACGCGCGACGAAUCCCGCAGUCAUCACACCACCCAGUUCCAGGACACUCCUCCGAAGCCCAUGUGGAGGCCCUGGUGAAACGCGGUAGAGCCCCACUUCGGGCGAUCUUUUCCGUCCCAUCGGCUUUAUUUUUUUGUUAUCAAACACUAUUUCUAUUGUUGUAUCGUGUACAUUAGACGUCCGGCAUUCGUUCGGUACCGCGUAUCGUUCCCUCCGAGAUAAUAGUGUCUACUAUAUAAUAUUAUUACACAUUAUUGUAAUAAGAUUUAUUUUCCCCCUGUACAUGUGUAAAA